AUACAAUUUCAUCAACUGAAAGCUUGCUAGCCAUACUUUUGGGUUGCUAACUUGAAUUAAUAAGCAAGAAGCUCUCCUUGAAUUUUAGUUCAGGCGAUUUGAAGGCAAUUUUUAGGUUUCAUUACAAAGUGGUGGGCCCAAGACGAGUUAUGAUAACCAUAAAACAGCCAGAAAUAUUCACCAAUGAACAGAAGUAUUCUGAAAUAUUUAAAAUACCACCAUUUGAUUCCAAUCCAAAAAUCGCUAAUCUGUAUAACCACGAGUGCUUUCUUGGAGAAAAUUUUAUGAGAUAGAUGGAAUUAAGAAGGUUUAUUAUAAGCAAGGUUGAAAAGAUGGCUGACACUCCAAAUAUUUUCACGAACAGCUAUCAGAGGUGCAAUUAACGAAGGAAUGAUCUCACCAACCUACCUCCUAAUCGUAACUGUGUUCGCAAAUGAGAUCUUCAAUGAACUAAUGCUGGGCAGUAAACCGUGUGUUUUAGGAAUUUAUAAACCUCUCAUAAAACUUUGGAUGGAACAUUUGAAAAGAGGAGGAUUUUCUCUAUCAAAAGCUUUCAUUCAUACUGGCCCGCCCUUCCUUGGUUGUUUCAAAAUUCCUUAUGAAGGUAUGUGAACAAAACGUUUUAGGUCAAAGUAUUUAUAAUUAGGAUUACGUUAGAUUUUAUAUAUGAUCUCAUAAUGCC